AUGACAAGGAUUAUGGUGGGGUCAAUUAAGUGCGAGUUGGCUGUUUUGGCCUUGCUGGUAAUAAUAUGUCAACCGGGCGAACGUAACGCCAAUAACGUCAAUGCCGCCGUAACGGAUACUUGGGGAAACAAGGUGACAGAUGGGGGGAACAUCACGUGGGUGGAGUGUCCCGUCGGUAACAAGACAUACGUCACAAACACGACCUACGACGACGGUGGACUGGAGAUGUUGUUCGCGUUUGCUAGGAGCUUCAUCAAUACCGUUCAGCCGAACGACUUUCCAUUUGGCGUCCUCACGGAGGUCAUCAACGGAACUUUUGAGAUCGGGGACGACUACAUGGAGCUCGUACAAUAUUCAAUAGGGUUUGCCGCAUGUUUUGCAAUCGGUAUUCUGUUCGUGAUCUUCCUGCCCCUCUGUGGCUGUUGUAUCUGCUGCUGUCGUUGCUGCUGCGGAAACUGUGGAGGGGACCUCAAAGCGGUCUAUGACAAGAACGAGGACUGUAAGCGCAUGGGCCUAGCGCAGGCAUUGUUCAUGAUGGUCGUACUAAUGGGAGGAGCCGCUGGGUGCGUGUGGGUGACAAAUGGUCGCUUCACGGUUGCCAUUGACUACACACAGGAGAAGCUGACCUCUAACCUCGUUGACAUUGAGACCUUCCUCGCAAACGUCGUCGACAUAUUCGUGUACCUGUCACAAGACAUGUAUAAUCUGGUAGGACGGGCGAUCAUGCAAGAUAUAGAGGAUUUGGGCGUUGUGAUAGAGGCACUGAUCUUUGACAAUUUAAAAAUCAACGACGUAGUGGACGCUGUUAUACAAUUAGACGCAACGGUGCACAAUAUUAGCGACGCGCUUGCCACAGUAACCACCGAUAAAGACGCGUUGGUGAGCGCAGCCAAUGCUCUGUCGACAGCGUUCAAUGACCUCGUGGACAACAUCGACAGCACGAAGAGCACGUGCAGCGCUUCGGGCGUUGCAUGUGAUACAGCCUGCCAGGCGUUCGACACCGACAUUAUGGCGAAAGCCUCGGCCGACUUUAGUGCGCUGCCGGACUUUGCUCCUAUACAAACACAAAUUGAUGCUGUGAAAGCGAUGAACUUGUCAGGAAUAGCAUAUGAGGCUAAGGCCGGAGUGGAUGACAUAUCGGGUUUGGUGGCCAACAGCACUGCAGAAAUAAGAACCACCAUCAACACAACGAUGGGCGAGUUUGCUGGUAUUAUUAACAAUAUGACUAAUGAUUUGGUUGCUCAGUUAAACGGGACUGUAAACUUGACAGAGUUCACAAGCGGCAUAGAUGAUUUAUUUGGGAUGAUUUCCGAAUAUGACGUCUAUCGAGUAUACUUCGGCUGGGGUCUGUCCGGUCUGUUCUCGGUGAUAGUGGUCAUCUCGCUGCUGGGAAUCUGCUGCGGCUGUAUCGGUCAGGACUCCGAGAAACUGCCAACGGAGCGGUCAUGCAUGUCGCACUGCGGGGGCCGCCUGCUGAUCAUCCCGGUGGUAAUGAUGUUCUUCGUUGGGUCCCUGCUAAUGAUUCUGACCACGCUGACUUUUGUGGUGGGAGGCAAUAUGGAGAAGCUGUGUCAGCCGCUACUCGACCUUUCCAUGUUUAAAGAUUUUGUUGAUGCAGGAUCAAUAAGUGGAUUUACACUUGGAGAGCUGCUGCACCAGAACGCAUCAAUUGGCAUCGGAUUUUAUCCUUUACUUCUGGGAUGUCGAGCCAACAAGGCUGUAUUUAAACUUCUAGCUCUGGACGAGUUACUCCCACUACAGGAGUUUUUGAAUUUCACAAAGUACACGUCUCAGAUGCAGGGACAGAUGGACGACAUGAAGAACAUAGACCUGUCUCAGUUUGCCAUCCUCACGCCUGAAAUGAAGACCGCACUCACGGAUCUGCAGAAAUCCGGCGUCAACGACAUCGACUUCGCCGCCAUUAAUGCAUCGCUUGAUCAGAACCCUUGUUCAGUGGAUUUCGCCGCAAUGAUUUCCGGUAUGAAGUCGGUGCGGGACUCGUGCUCCGGUGCGGCCUAUUCCUCCUGGAACAAACAUAUCUCCGACCUGAGCACCAUACGAGAUGUCAAGUGUCCGGCUGUAUCCGCGUCCCAGACGACAUUGAAGUCUUCAAUGGCUGUGCUGGCGAAACAUCUGUCCGGUCUAAAUGCGCGGAUAAACAACACGUUAGAAGCGGCACAAAAGGCGGACGAUCAGAUGAAGAAUAAUUUUACAGGCGUUUUCGCGCAGGCGAUUGAAGACUUUGCGAACAGAGUCAUUAAUUACAUCCAACAAUUUGCAGAAAAGGCUGUUGACAUGGCUUACAACGACGUUGGCCGUUGCCUGCCUCUCUGGAACCUGUACGAUUCGUUUACAACAAUCCUAUGCAGCUACAUGGUUCAGUCGCUGAACGCGUUCUGGUUUGGCACCGGUUGGGGUCUGCUGUUCUUCAUCCCCGUGAUGGUACUGUGUAUGAAACUCUCCAAGUACUACCGCCGUAUGGACAGCCAGACAGGCUUUAAGGAGGAGGAAGAACCGCUGGAUGAAGACAUUGACGAUUUCGGUAUGCGGUAUGAUUUACUGAAGAAAAACAAAGUUGCCCCUAAUCCGGAAUAUAUGGACUGAGUCAGAGAAGUAGUAAUGUGGAAAUGACGCUAGACGAUGUUGUAAUUUGUUGGUUGUGUUAUUUUUAUGCAAAAUUAAGCCAUGGCUGUUUUAAAAAUAUUACUUUAUUGAUUGAAAAAAUCAUAUAUGAAAAAAACUUUCUUAAAUUCGUUAAUAGAAAG